ACGAUGAAGUCAAGAAUGAUUGGCAAUAUUCUUGGUUUCGCCGCAUGGUAACGUUUUCUAUAUUUUGUAAACGAAGGGGGGAAAGGUGAGAUUGGACGGCUGGGAUUAACUCACACAAGAUCAACGGCAUCUGUACAUAUAAUAGAACUACCAGAACCUUCCGGGAAUUUCUUUGUAUUUUCUGCGUUGGAAGAGGUGAAACCAAAGGGAAAAGGCGGUCUCUCAGAACCAUCAACCACCAUCAUCAUCACCACGAUGAUGAUGGAAUUCAACAGAUCCAGAUUAUUGUCAUCGUUCGUCGUCAUUUUUAUCGUGUUCGCCAUCUGCUUUCCUCCGACCGUCACAUCGUCCGUCAUCCGACUGCCCAGCGACGCCGUUGACGGCGAAUCUGAUGGAGGUCUCUGCGGUGGAUCGGAGGUCGCGGCAUCAUGCCCUGUGAAAUGCUUUAGGCCGGAUCCGGUGUGCGGCGUCGACGGGGUCACCUACUGGUGCGGCUGCACCGAAGCCCGCUGCGCUGGCACGGCAGUCGCGCAUUUUGGGAUUUGUGAGGUUGGUAAUGGCAGCGCCGGCCAGGCUCUUCUAUUGGUUCAUAUUGUCUGGCUUAUGGUGCUCGGAUUCUCCGUCUUGUUCGGCCUGUUCUAGGGUUUCUUCUCCGUGUUCCUCGGCUUUGUUCAUUCUUGUGUGGAUGUAAGAGAUCAAUUUACGGUUUUUUUUUUUUUUUGUUUUGUUUUUAAUUUCUUUGUAUUCAUUCAUUAUGAUUGAUUGUAUGUACACGAUUAUUCUUUUGUUGAAACUUGAAACCCUUGAAAUUAUAAUCUUUUGUUGUACA